AUGCGUUUUCACAAUUUUAAAUUCCUUGGAGUUGCCAGUGCCCCAGUGCUAGCAACCAUCAGCUCGAUGAGUUCACAGAUAGAGGCAGCCGACGACGACGACAUAGUCACCCCGGCUGACACUACAGACCAGCAGCACCGUCCGAUCCCUGCUCUGCUCCGUCUUCCCAAUGAACUACUCCUCGCAGCCACUGACUUUCUCGAGCCAGAGUCCCAGCUCCUCCUCAGUCUCUCGUGCCAACGACUCCAUGGUCUCAUCAACGCCAACUUUGACUUGACGCUCGACGACAAAGCCGAAAAGAUACGGUUCCUGCAGCUUCUGGAGCGCGGCCAUCCGGAGUACCUGACAUGCCGAUCCUGCGCGAAGCUAUUCCUCUGGCGUGGGAGGAAACCCUUCAACUAUGCCUGCCCACAUUCAGACCGCCACUCAGACGAGGAUACACGUCUAUCACACCCCCAGACCAUCAGAGCAGGAGACAAUCGUGCCAUGGCCAUCACGCGCGAGGUGGUCGACUUGGCCUUGCGAGACGACGGCUUACCGAUCACGUUCUUCAAGAUGAGCGGGGUUGGUCAGUCCGGUGUUUUCCAAAAGACCGCGGCGCGACUGGUAGACGGUCAACUUUUCGUGGCCACUCGACUGGAGGUAGAAAUGUUCUCCCCAAAAGAGAUUGUGGACACGAGGAUCUUGUUGGGCAGAAACUCGUGCUACCAUCGAGGUGCCGCUCGUCAAGUGGUGAACAUGUUUGAAUAUGCCGUCACAUCCGAGCUGCCACUCCCCGGUCAUGUUCACAUGAGCAUGAACGUCGUCCUUCAGGUCUUGAGAAACUAUGGUCGCAGACAGGAGACGAGACCAAUGGUUGACCAGAUCUUUCAUCGAGAUCCAGAGUCCAAGCGUCCUGCCCAUGAAAAAUGGGAGAAGGUCACCUGGGCACUCUGGGACGCACUUGGUCCGACAUGGCGUGAGGACUUUGUGUUGUGGCUUGAUGAUGGUCCAGUGACAGGCCCGUGA